AUGGCAGAGGAAUGGGUACAAGCAGAGAAGACAUGGCAUGCAGAGCUAGAUACAGCUAAGCUGGAAUAUCAGAGAUUGAUAAAGUCCGAAGACGAGCACGCUAAUAUCUUGAGGCUCCUCAAGCAACUACCCAAGAAGGUGGAGCAUCAGGUCAUGGUCCCUAUCGGACCAAUGGCAUUUAUGCCCGGAAAACUGGUUCACACCAACGAGAAACGAGAAAAUCAAAUCCAAUUGAACGCGGAUUCCAAGCCCGUUUCUGACGAUGAGGACGUCGACGAGGAUGAUGAUGAAGGCCAGGGAGCUGAAUUCUGGAGAGACAAAGGCUUUGUUGGAUGCUAUGCCUACGAUGAUGAUGGUGAUGAACAAGAGGAGGAGGAAGUCAAAGAAGAUUCCGGCAGGGCAGCUAUGCACAAGGAUGAGGAGGCUACGCCAUGGAACGAUGAUGAACCAGUGAUGGAAAUAAUAGAGCCAUUAGAAGGAGGAGAACCGCAUGUAGUCAAGUAUGCUAGUCAGAAAGAAUUUGAGGACAAGAACAACUUUUCGCUUCCUCCAGAAUUGAAAGCAAUCUUUGAAAACAAAGAAAUGGACUAA